GACAAAGCCCCUGGGGCCAUGACGACCGGAGCGAGUGGAAGUGAAAGUCCUCUGGAAAGCAUUUGCCUCAGUGAAUCUGACAAAACAGCCGUGCUCACUUUAAUAAGAGAAGAGAUAAUCACUAAGGAGAUCGAAGCAAAUGAAUGGAAGAAAAAAUAUGAAGAGAGCCGACAAGAAGUCUUGGAAAUGAGGAAAAUCGUGGCUGAAUAUGAAAAGACCAUUGCCCAGAUGAUAGAAGAUGAACAGAGGACAAACAUGGCCUCCCAGAAGAGUCUGCAGCAGCUCACAAUGGAAAAGGAACAGGCCCUGGCAGACCUGAACUCCGUAGAAAGGUCCCUGUCGGAUCUGUUUCGGAGAUACGAGAACCUGAAGGGCAUUCUGGAAGGGUUUAAGAAGAAUGAAGAAGCUUUGAAAAAGUGUGCUCAGGAUUACUUAGCCCGGGUCAAACAGGAAGAGCAGCGGUAUCAAGCCCUGAAAAUCCAUGCAGAAGAAAAACUAGACAAAGCCAAUGAAGAAAUUGCUCAGGUGCGCACAAAAGCAAAAGCUGAGAGUGCAGCUCUCCAUGCUGGGCUGCGCAAAGAGCAGAUGAAGGUGGAAUCGCUGGAGAGAGCCCUCCAACAGAAGAACCAAGAAAUUGAAGAGUUGACCAAGAUCUGUGACGAGUUGAUUGCAAAGAUGGGAAAGACUGACUGAGCCUCACUGCCCUUCGUCCAACACUCUGCACUUGGCUGCUUAUUUUGUAACGUUGCGCACCUUGCCUUAUUCUCCAGGAAUAAUCUCCCCUGAGCAGAGAAAGCACAUAUGCACAGCUGCCUGCCCCACUUGACUGCAGGAUCCCAUCACCCCAGAGUCAAAGCUGGUGUCCCAAAGGGUUCUAGUCUGCUUGUUUCAGAGGGUUUGCAACCCCAGGUUUUUAGGGCUCAGCUCAGCUUUUCCCUAAUCCGGCAGGACAUGUGCAUUUCCUGUGGUGUCAUCAGCAGCCACAUGCCCACCCCUACAGAGAGCACCUCAGUCAGGCCUGUGGACAUUUUCUGGGGUCCCUUUCUGGCAGCUAGGGAGCUGGUUUCAGUUGUACCCAUAUGAGAGCUGGGAUUUUUAUUGGGUACCUUCUGUCGAGCAGCUAACCAGCUGGCAUUUUUCUCCUAAAAACAACGGGGAGGUCCCAGCUAUGAUGCCGAGCCCACACCCAGGUGCCAAGAGCUGACAGUGCAAUACUGGCAACUUGAGAAAGGAAGGCACUGUGGGGUCUCGGCAGAAGUGUCUGGGAUAGGGAGGUAAUGAUGUUAAAAUCAGGGGUAUCUGACAGGAAAUCACAAACACACACACGCACACGCGCAUGUGGUUUUGAUUAACUGGUUAAUCCUACACCUGAACUGGUUUGCCUGAAAGUGCUUUGAUUCAUUUCUGAUAUGCUAAUCCAAGUGUAUAUUCAUGUAACAUGUCCUAGCAAGUCCUGAUCCCGUGUCCUGCCAACAGCUAGGGAGGGAAGCCCAAGUGUCUCUCUGGAUAUGUCUACACUGCACUCUGAGGUGUGAUUGCAGCUCAGGUAGCCAGACCUGUGCUAGCAUGGGUAAAAAUAGCAAUAUAGAUGCAGCAGCAUGGGCUUCAGCAAUGCACGUAGGUACCCAGGGUCCCUGACAUGUUUGUACUGCGCAUCUACAUUGCUGCCUUUAACCAGGCUAGCACAGGUGUGUCAGCCUGAGCUGCAGUCACACCUCAGAUUGCAGUGCAGAGGUAUCCUUGGUCAGUGCACUUUAUUGUCCUUGCACUAGGGCUCUCUGUUCUCUCUCAUCAGCCUUGGUGGGUCCUUCCUCACAGCUGCACAGCUGGAUCUUCCAUCCAGACAGAUGUGCUUGCAUAUUUGGUAACCCACUUUGUACAUAUCCUGUUGGGAUGGUACCACUUCCCCAGUGCUGCCCUCUAGCACCAUCAUUUCCUGGCAUUGAUUAGUAGUAUUUUAAUAGUAAUUCAAAAUAUGCAAAGCAGAGCUCUUUGGUAUUGGUUCAUAAUGCUGCUGUGAGAUUAGAGGAGUGACCUCUCCCUUUGGGGACUGCAGAAAGAAGGGAGCAGGCCCUAAUUUAUGCAUAUGGUGAAUGUCCUAAAAUCCUUUUCUCCAAGUCCAUACAGAAUGCCAUUUAAAAUGAUGCAAAAUGCUCUGGACUGUGUCUUGCUCUCAGAAAUGCCUUUGCAGUUUUACGAAUACUAAAAGGACCAGAAACUAGUACAAGCAAAGUCAGUUGCAAACAGCCAUUAAAUAAACUCGCAGGUCCAAAUGAGCAGGAAACUGAAUCAUACUAGCUAUGAAAGCAAACCACUCAGUGGAACUGUAGUAUGCAUUUUCCCUUUAUUUGGACCAAGCCAGAUUCAUGCAGAAUUGCUGAAGCACCUUUCAUACUGCAGUAGAGACCCAGAAGUUCUGCAGGGUGAUGUAUAUUUAAAUGUAUGUAGCUUGGUUUUGUACCAUACUUUGUACCAUACAGUUGCAUGAGCCAAAGUUAGCAAUGACUUUUGCCAGUUUGCGCAUUGGCAAUGCUUUCCCACCCUGCAGAGUUGCAGCUGGUCUCAUCCAUAUGGAAUUCACGAGGGUGCAGUACCCCUAGCCUGACAGCAGUGAUGCUCACAAGCUGUAUGAACUGUUCUGUCCAUGCUAAUUUCUCUUGGUCAUGGAAUUAUGCUUUGGAACCAUUUGUCUGAGGUUUUGUGCAAAGCAGUCCUGCCUUUCAGACAGAGAAUGUAACUCCAGAACAAAACAUGGGCUGUGCUAGGCAACAGCUGGGGUGGUAGUGGAUCCUAUUUUAAAGUCCUGAGUGGAUAGUGGUGAAGUAUCAAACCAGGGAAGGAUUUGCUGUUUUGGAACUGAGCCCUAGCUAGUGGCUGAUGUAAAAGUUUAGCAAGUCUUUUGGCUGCUAUCGUUUCAUACCAAAAUCAAACUCUUCUAUUUUCUGGUUCCUGACAUGGACCAUGCAGAGCACACAUCUGUUUCUGUUGGAGAUAUAGUUCUAGAAAUAUACUUUAUGAAAUGUAUUCUGUAGGGAGAUGAUGAUUAUACAUUGAACAAGACCAAGAUGGUGCCACCCUGCCCCUAGCGCAUGACUAGCUAAUGGGACUAGUUUAGCAUGCCUCCUUUGAAAGUAGUAUCCUGCUGUGCACUGGAGAAGGUCCCUCCAAAAUUAGCCCGGGGUCGUUCCCUUGGUGGGAUAUGGACCCCCAGCAUUUUUGUGACUAUUGUGAUGGCAGGAAAGGAACCCCCCAUUCCUGUGCUGUUCCCCCGGGUGCAGUAGUUACACAGCCCUCAAGCAUGUUGGUAGGAAAGCUUGUAUCAGAAUCUACAGAGGGAGACGGGCCACCCCCCUCCAGGCAGUCAGUGAGCCAACCACACACAAAGGAGAGCAUGCGGCCACGAGGCUGCUCUUCCUGUCAACCUCAGUGAUCCGGUUACACCAGAGGUAGCCAAAUCCGGAUGGCCAGAUGCUUUAGAACGAAUGCCAGAAUAUUUUAAUUUAUUUAUUAUCGUCAUUAUUGUUAUUUUUUAACUUAUUUUCUCUGAAGUCUAGACCUUCACUGUACCUUAACCAAGAAAUUUUGGACCUUGACAAAAAAUAAUUGCUUGCCCCUGGGUUAUACCAUAGUUUGAGUAUGGCCAGACUGAAGUGGGACCAUUCUCUUUCGCUCACUUGUUUGCAGAACGUACCUAAAUCGUGUUGUGAUUCUUGAAUAAUAAUGACUCUUUCUUGACAGGCGUUAGCUAGAUGUUACUGCAAGUGGACAAUGGCAAAUAGAUGAAUCAAAGUGUACAGACCCAGAGGCAAAGCUUUGGUAUACACUGGCUCAUCAUCGGUAGACCUUUCUAUUCAGGUCUGUAAAGAUGCCACUUCGUUGUUUGCCAUUCAGGAGCAUUUGCAGGAAGAUCUGAAAGUUGGUGCUGUUCUCUGUACAGGGAGAUAAUGGCAAUACUCAAGCUUUGCUGAGUAAUUUUUACAAGUAUCUUGUGAACACAAGACUCCUUCCCUAAUGAACAAGCCAAGAUGUAUCGCUAAUACUUGGAAACUUGCAAAUGGCCACGAACCAAGUUCAAAGCAUGAUCUCUCUCUUUUUUCCUGUAGAAUUGCACCACCCCUUUUAACUUUCAAAGUUGCCUGCCUGUAAAAUUAUUAAUGUUGCCGUCUACAAGUGUACAUUUGCAGUAGAUCUCUUGUCUGCAGUAAAGUGCCAAUUAAUGACCAUCCUGACUGCAAAUCUGUUUCCACUGCAUCUCUCGUGCAGUCUCUUCCCUCCCAGAGGCAGGAAGAAGAACUCUUUGCAUUGACUACUAUCAGGAUUGCUUUGUAUAGUGUAUGUAACUGCCAUCUGCAUAAAUUUUAUAUGUACAAUAAUUUCCCUUUUAUAUGUCAGGUAAAUAUUUGUAAGAGUUAUACUCACACAAAUGAGAUUAUAAUAAUGAUUACUAAUAUAUUUUUUCCAUGUUUCAUUGCCUGAAUAAAAACUGUAUUUACCAUU